GCGGCUGCGCACUGGGCGCUCUCGCCCAAGAAGACGCAGUCUCGAGAGCGCCAACAAGGUGUUUCGGUAGUCUCUGGCCAGCCUUUCUGCGCACCCGGUGUCGUCGGGCUGCACCCGGGGCGGGGACGUCCGCCGGGCACGGGAGGGGGCCAAGAUGCCGAUCAAUAAAUCAGAGAAGCCAGAAAGCUGCGAUAAUGUGAAGGUUGUUGUUAGGUGCCGGCCCCUCAAUGAGAGAGAGAAAUCAAUGUGCUACAAACAAGCUGUCAGUGUGGAUGAGAUGAGGGGAACUAUCACUGUACAUAAGACUGAUUCUUCCAAUGAACCUCCAAAGACAUUUACUUUUGAUACUGUUUUUGGACCAGAGAGUAAACAACUUGAUGUUUAUAACUUAACGGCAAGACCUAUUAUUGAUUCUGUACUUGAAGGCUACAAUGGGACUAUUUUUGCAUAUGGACAAACUGGAACAGGCAAAACUUUUACCAUGGAAGGUGUUCGAGCUAUUCCUGAACUUAGAGGAAUAAUUCCCAAUUCAUUUGCUCACAUAUUUGGUCAUAUUGCAAAAGCAGAGGGUGAUACAAGAUUUUUGGUUCGAGUGUCUUAUUUGGAAAUAUAUAAUGAAGAAGUUCGUGACCUUUUGGGCAAGGAUCAGACACAAAGGUUAGAGGUUAAAGAAAGACCUGAUGUGGGAGUUUAUAUCAAAGAUUUAUCAGCUUAUGUGGUAAAUAAUGCUGAUGAUAUGGAUAGAAUUAUGACGCUAGGCCACAAAAAUCGUUCUGUUGGUGCAACUAAUAUGAACGAACAUAGUUCCCGUUCCCAUGCCAUCUUUACAAUUACUAUAGAAUGCAGUGAAAAAGGCAUUGAUGGUAACAUGCAUGUCAGGAUGGGGAAGCUCCAUCUUGUAGAUCUUGCUGGUUCAGAAAGACAGGCAAAAACUGGAGCUACUGGACAGCGCCUAAAGGAAGCUACAAAAAUCAAUCUUUCACUUUCCACCCUUGGUAAUGUAAUUUCUGCCUUGGUUGAUGGAAAAAGCACUCAUGUGCCUUAUCGUAACUCUAAAUUGACUCGUCUUCUUCAGGAUUCCUUAGGAGGAAAUUCAAAAACCAUGAUGUGUGCAAAUAUUGGGCCAGCAGAUUACAAUUAUGAUGAAACUAUCAGUACAUUACGGUAUGCCAAUCGUGCUAAGAAUAUUAAAAAUAAAGCUAGAAUUAAUGAAGAUCCGAAGGAUGCUUUGCUGCGUCAGUUCCAGAAAGAAAUAGAAGAACUGAAAAAGAAGCUUGAAGAAGGAGAAGAAAUAUCAGGCUCUGAUAUCAGUGGGUCAGAGGAAGAUGAUGAUGAAGAGGGUGAGAUUGGAGAAGAUGGAGAGAAAAGGAAAAAAAGAAGGGGAAAAAAGAAAGUCUCCCCAGACAAGAUGAUUGAAAUGCAAGCAAAAAUUGAUGAGGAGAGAAAAGCACUUGAAACAAAGCUCGACAUGGAAGAAGAAGAAAGAAACAAGGCUAGAGCUGAAUUAGAGAAACGGGAAAAAGAUCUUCUUAAAGCCCAACAAGAGCAUCAGUCUUUGCUGGAAAAAUUAUCUGCCCUGGAAAAGAAGGUAAUUGUUGGUGGGGUUGAUUUGUUGGCCAAAGCUGAGGAACAAGAGAAACUUCUUGAAGAAUCUAACAUGGAACUGGAAGAAAGGAGGAAAAGAGCAGAGCAACUUCGCAGAGAACUUGAGGAAAAAGAGCAAGAACGCUUGGAUAUUGAAGAAAAAUAUACCAGUUUGCAAGAGGAAGCACAGGGAAAGACCAAGAAGUUAAAGAAAGUUUGGACUAUGCUGAUGGCUGCAAAGUCAGAGAUGGCUGAUCUCCAACAAGAACAUCAGAGGGAAAUUGAAGGCCUACUGGAGAACAUUCGGCAACUUAGCCGGGAGCUUCGACUUCAGAUGCUCAUUAUUGAUAACUUUAUACCUCGGGAUUAUCAGGAAAUGAUUGAAAACUAUGUCCAUUGGAAUGAAGACAUAGGAGAAUGGCAGCUAAAAUGUGUUGCCUAUACAGGAAAUAACAUGAGGAAGCAAACCCCAGUACCUGAUAAAAAGGAGAAAGAUCCCUUUGAGGUGGACCUUUCUCACGUGUAUCUUGCCUAUACUGAGGAGAGUCUGCGUCAGUCUUUGAUGAAACUAGAAAGACCACGAACUUCAAAGGGGAAAGCAAGGCCAAAGACAGGGAGAAGGCUGGAGUGCAAUGGCACAGUCUUAGCUCACUACAACCUCCACCUCCUGGAUUCAAGCAAUUCUCCUGCCUCAGCCUCCUGAGUAGCUGGGAUUACAGGCAUGCACCACCACGUCCGGCUAAUUUUGUAUUCUUAGUAGAGAUGGAAUUUCACCAUGUUGUUCAGGCUGGUCUUGAACUCCUGACCUCAGGUGGUCCACCUGCCUCGGCCUCCCAAAGUGCUAGGAUUACAGGUAUGAGCCACCGCGCCUGGCCUGAAAUUUUUAUUUUUUAAUUGACACAUAAUUAUGAGAUGUAUCGUGAUGUUUUGAUACAAUAUAUGAUGAUCAGAUCAGGGUAAUUAGCAUACACAUCUUCUCAGACAUUACUUCCUUUUGAACACUCAAUAUUUUCUUCUCUAGCUAUUUGAAAAUAUUGUUGUUUACUAUAGUCAUUCUACAGUGCUAUAAAAACACUAGACCUUCUAUCUAGCUGUAAUUUUGUGUCUCAAAUGACUUUGUUUUUAAAGACAGGGUUUUGCUCUAUUGCCCAGGCUUGAGUGCAGUGGUGCGUUCAUAGCUCACUGCCCCCUCGAACUCCUGGGCUCAAGCAAUCCUUCUGCCUCAGCCUCUGAGUAACUAGGACUACAGGUGCAUGCCCCCACACCUGGAUAAUUUUUUAUUUUUACUUUUUAUUUUUUGAGACAGAGUCUCACUCUGUUGCCCAGGCUGGAGUGCAGUGGCGCAAUCUCAGCUCACUGCAACCUCCGCCUCCCGAGUUCAAGCGAUUCUCCUGCCUCAGCCUGCCAAGUAGCUGGUACUACAGACGCACCACCAUGCUUGGCUAAUUUUUGUAUUUUUAGUAGAGAUGGUGUUUCACCAUAUUGGCCAGGCUGGUUUCAAACUUCUGACCUCAUGAUCUGCCUGCCUUGGCUUCCCAAAUCGCUGGGAUUACAGGCGUGAGCCACUGCACCUGGCGUCAAGUGGCUUUUUUAAAAUGUAUUUUUUGUAGGGGCGGAAACUCCUCUGGCCAUUCCACGGGUCUUCCUCUCCCCCACUUCCAGCUUAUGUAAAACUCUUAAACCUAUGUGUAGAACAUGAAGACAAAAUUAAAGGCCUUCCCUGGCAUGUACAAGAAAAUAAAUCGUGCCGCCUUUGCCCCCUUUGCCCCUCUUCUCCAAUUGAGUUCUGGAGCUAUGGUAUUCAGUUUCAUCAAGCGAUACCACUGAGCCACUCCCUUACAAACGUGUCUGUUACUGCCUAUGUUGUCGGGAUGCUGCUGAAGACAUUGUCCAUCCUGUCAUCUUGUGAAGACUCUCAAGAGAAAUUUCUUUUAAAGCUAAGUACCAGAUUAUUAUAUCAGACUGUUUUCUCCCUGCAUGUAUAACAAGAGUGAGGUAAAAUAAUGCGUUUUCCACUGUGCUUUCGCUGAUAGGACUGUAAUAUCUGAUGACCUGCUUAUAGUCUUAUUUUUCUCUGGAUCAUCAUUUCCUCCUACUCCCUUUCUGCUUUGGUCCUAAUAAUGUUUUUUUCUGUCUUAAUCUUUUCCAAUAAAUCACUUUGAAUCCAUUUUUAAAACAAGGUAGAGUAAAAAUCAUUGAAGACCACCGUUAGCCUGGGCCUUUAC